AUGAAGUCUCUUGGUUUCGCUCUACUCGGUUUGCUCUGCUGCACUGUGCUGGCAUGGGCUGAGGAUACGGCUAUUCAAGAUCCUCCAAUUCCACCGCAGAAUGAAACAGAAGCUCUGCCAAUUAUAAACUUAUUCAGUUAUGCAACCACCGGCACCACACCACCAUUAUAUGGCUUAAGUCUGUAUAAGAUGAAUUGGUUUCAGGCUGAGCAAUAUUGUGCUGCUAAUCAGUACACCCUCGCCAGCAUUCCAUCAUCUACUGAACAGGCGGCAAUAAUGGCAUUUAUUCAAACUGAAGUCAAGGACAUAACUGAGCUGUCGUCACUUUUUACGGAGCCAAUGUGGACCUCGGGCACAAAUCAGGGAGCAGGCAGCUACUAUAUGUGGCAAGGCACGGGAACCCGUGUUGGGUAUAACAAUUUCCAGAGUACUCCAAGAGCAAACACCAACCAUUGCUUGACCCUAAAUGGAAUGACUGGCCAAUGGAGCACCGAUAACUGUAGAACUGAGCGUUACUUUUUGUGUCAAAAAGAAAUGCACAUAGUAAAUCCCAUACUUAUUGACAUUUGCCCUAUCAUCUUUAUAUUUUGGUGAUGGCAAAUUGAAAAAUAUAUUAAACUGAAAUAGUUGCAUUCAAAAAUA